AUGUCGGAUAACUUUCUCUUUCUAACUUCAAUCGCACGAACAAUAAGUAACCUGGCAUUUUUAUCAAGCUCUCUUCUCGGUAUCAUUUUGAUAUUUCUGACUCUGUUUGGAGUUCGUAAAAUCUUUGAAACGUAUAAAUAUCUCAUGAUUGCCUUCACAUUUUUCGGGAUAAGUUUUACGUGUUUGGAUGCUUUGUUUCACCCGAAACUUCAUUUUUAUAAUAGUGGUUGUGUGUUUUUCGCACUGUCUUGUCCGUUUGGAUUGAGUUUAGAGAUAAUUCAAGCCAUGUUAGCUUUUUACGCUAGUUUCUAUUGCUUAACAAUAUCCAUGUUAACUAUUCAAUUCAUUUACCGUUACUGGGCUUUGUUUUCAAUAAGAUAUCUGAAAUACUUCCGUGGUUGGAAAUCUGUGGUUUGGGUUGCUUGUUGUCUAUUAUUUGGUGCCAGUUGGUGGAUGUUAGUGUUCUUCUUGCUGAAAAUGGAUGCGAUCGCACGAAACUAUUUUAAAGAUGAAAUAAUGCUUCGCUAUAACGCAAUUAUCGAUGAGAUCCCAGCGAAAACUUCAUUGCCGUUUGACCCGAACAAUGGAAAUUUAAGAAAAUGGGAUGCGCUCUACACACUGUUGACCACAUUGUCGACUGUAUUACAAUAUAUGAUUAUGAUCUAUUGUGGAUGGAAAAUGUACACGAAAAUGGAAGAAAAAGUGGCGCUAUUAUCAGAUUCAUUGAAAAAUCACCACCGGCAGUUGUUCAAAACUCUUGUUCUACAGAUCAGCUGUCCAACUAUUUUUCUUUUCUCCCCAAUAAUGCUCAGCAUAUAUCUUCCGUAUUGUCAAAUGAAGAUCAGUUUUCCGGCUGAUGUUUUUUUCACUGCAUACAAUAUCUAUCCAGCUAUGGAUUCUACAAUUGUGUUCCUAACUAUUACUGAGUAUAGAUUUGCUGCAAAACGUUGGUGUUCGAAAACUGAUUAA